AUGAUCUUGGAGGAGGGAUCAUCUUGGGAAGGCUCUAAGAGAUACUGCAUUAAGACGAAACAUGUGGCCAUUAUCUGUGCAGUGGUGGUGGCUGUCGGAGUGAUAGUAGGACUUUCUGUGGGUUUGACCAGAUCAUGUGGCUCCACAGAGACUGGACAGGGCACGACCCAGGCUCCUUCCCACCUGCCUCCCGUUACCAGCCCUCCACAGGACCAGGGGGUCUGCCCUGCCAGUGAGGAUGGAAGCGGAGGCUGGAAAGAUUUCCGGCUGCCGGACUUCAUCAGCCCCGUGCACUACGACCUCGAGGUGAAGCCCCUGAUGGAGGAGGACACCUACACGGGCAGCGUGGACAUCUCCAUCAACGUGAGCUCUCUCACCAGGUACCUGUGGCUACAUCUCCGGGAGACGAGGAUCACCAAGCUCCCGGUGCUGCGGAGGCCGUCUGGGGAGCAGGUUCAAGUCAGGCAGUGCUUCGAAUACAAGAAGCAGGAGUAUGUGGUGGUGGAAGCAGAGGAAGAGCUUGCGCCCAACGCUGGCGAGGGUCCCUACCACCUGAUCAUGGAGUUCGCCGGCUGGCUGAACGGCUCGCUCGUGGGAUUUUACAGAACGACAUACGUGGAGAAAGGACAAACCAAGAGCAUAGCAGCCACUGAUCAUGAACCAACAGAUGCCAGGAAAUCCUUCCCUUGUUUUGAUGAGCCCAACAAAAAGGCAACGUAUACAAUAUCCAUUGUCCACUCCAAAGAAUAUAAGGCACUUUCAAAUAUGCCAGUGGAGAAAGAAGAGUCGGUGGAUGAUAAAUGGAAUCGGACAACUUUCCAGAAGUCUGUUCCCAUGAGUACUUACCUGGUGUGCUUUGCGGUACAUCAGUUUGACUCUGUAACGAGAAUAUCAAACAGGGGGAUACCUCUCACUAUAUAUGUCCAGCCAGAGCAAAAGCACACAGCUGAAUAUGCUGCAAACAUAACUAAAAGUGUGUUUGACUAUUUUGAAGCCUACUUUGCUAUGAAUUAUUCUCUUCCUAAAUUAGAUAAAAUUGCUAUUCCAGAUUUCGGCACUGGGGCUAUGGAGAACUGGGGACUCAUCACUUACAGAGAAACAAACCUGCUUUAUGACCCUAAAGAAUCUGCCUCAUCAAACCAACAAAGGGUGGCCGCUGUGAUAGCCCAUGAGCUUGUGCAUCAGUGGUUUGGAAAUAUCGUGACCAUGGAAUGGUGGGAAGAUUUGUGGCUAAAUGAAGGAUUUGCUUCCUUCUUUGAGUACCUGGGAGUAGACCAUGCAGAAACAGACUGGCGAAUGCGUGAUCAGAUGAUACUUGACGAUGUAUUACCUGUGCAAGAGGAUGAUUCUUUGAUAUCUUCACACCCAAUUGUAGUCACUGUGACAACUCCUGAUGAAAUAACAUCUGUUUUUGAUGGAAUUUCCUAUAGUAAGGGAGCUUCCGUUCUGAGAAUGCUUGAAAACUGGAUAACACCAGAGAAAUUUCAAACAGGAUGUCAGAAUUACUUGAAAAAAUACAAAUUUCAGAAUGCCAAAACUUCAGAUUUCUGGGAAGCACUUGAAGAGGCAAGUAAUCUCCCAGUGAAAGAAGUAAUGGACACCUGGACCAAUCAGAUGGGUUACCCUGUACUUAAUGUAGACAAUAUGAAGAACAUCACACAGAAACGUUUUCUGUUGGACUCGAGAGCUAAUUCUUCUGAGCCACAUUCAGCUUUUGGUUACACAUGGAAUAUUCCGGUUAAAUGGAUUGAAGAUGAUGAACAAAGGAUUACAUUAUACAAUAGGUCAGAAACAGGAGGAAUCACUUUGGAAUCUACUCAGAGUGGAAAUGCUUUUCUCAAAAUAAACCCUGAUCAUAUUGGGUUUUAUCGUGUAAAUUAUGAAGUAUCAACUUGGGAAUGGAUAGCUGCCAAUCUUUCCCUCAACCACAUGGACUUUUCUUCUGCUGAUCGUGCAAGUUUUAUUGAUGAUGCUUUUGCCUUGGCACGAGCUCAGCUUCUAAAUUAUAAGGAGGCUCUGAACUUGACCAAGUAUCUCAAAGAAGAAAAGGAAUAUUUACCAUGGCACAGAGUCAUUUCAGCUGUAACCUAUAUUAUUAGCAUGUUUGAAGAUGAUAAAGAGCUAUACCCUGUGAUUGAGAAAUACUUCCGAGAUCAAGUGAAGCCCAUUGCAGAUUUUCUGGGAUGGAAUGAUUCUGGAGACCACCUCACAAAAUUACUCCGUACCUCUGUAUUAGGACUGGCGUGCAAGAUGAGAGACAGCGAUGCCUUGAACAAUGCUUCCCAGUUAUUUCAGGAGUGGCUAACUGGGACUGUAAGCCUUCCUGUAAAUCUCAGGCUUCUGGUAUAUCGGUAUGGUAUGCAGAACUCUGGCAAUGAGACUUCAUGGAAUUACACUCUUGAACAAUACCAGAAAACUUCAUUAGCUCAAGAAAAAGAAAAGCUACUGUAUGGAUUAGCAUCAGUGAAGAAUGUUACUCUUUUGUCAAGGUAUUUGGAUUUACUCAAGGACCCAAACCUUAUUAAAACGCAGGAUGUGUUUACAGUCAUUCAAUACAUCUCAUAUAACAGCUAUGGGAAGACUAUGGCCUGGAAUUGGAUACAACUCAACUGGGAAUAUCUAGUCAACAGGUAUACACUCAAUAACAGAAACCUUGGCCGGAUUGUCACUAUAGCAGAGCCAUUCAACACCGAACUGCAACUGUGGCAGAUCAAGAGCUUUUUUGAAAGAUAUCCUGAAGCUGGAGCGGGACAAAAACCUAGGGAGCAAGUACUGGAAACAGUGGAAAACAAUAUCGAGUGGCUAAAACAAAACAGGGACACCAUAAGAAACUGGUUUCUUGAUUUGAAUGGUUAA